AUGCAGUUGUUGUCCCGCAACCAGGAUCCCGUCUUUGCAGACAUCACACCCUCUCCUCAGGGAAAAGAGGCAGUCAAAGACAAUACAAUAACAAAGGAGGAAAAUGGAAAAGAUCCGGAAAAGACACCGACCGAUGAUUAUGUGGGAAUCCCGGAUGGGGGUACUCGGGCCUGGGUCGUCGUAUUGGCUGGGUUUCUCAAUUUCUGCACGGGAUUCGGCCUUCUCAACUCAUGGGGCACUUUUCAAGACUAUUACGAAAACAUUGCGAGUGGAGGGGGUACGACGUGGACGUCAGCACGAGUCACCUGGAUCGGCAACUUGCAGACCGGAAUCCUCUUCAGCUCUGGGAUCUUGAUUGGCCCGGCAUCUGAUAGAUGGGGCGCGAGGCCUCUGAUAAUCUUUGGAUCAGUCCUGGUAUUCGCCUCAUGCAUGGGCGCGGGUUCCAGCAGUCACUGGUGGCACUUCCUGCUCACUCAGGGCAUCAUGUUCAGCAUUAGAAAUGCUCUUUUGUUUUAUGCAACGGUCGGUGCCAUUGCUGAAUGGUUCGACAAGAGGCGCGGUGUUGCCUUGGGCAUGGCCGCUUCAGGCUCAUCCGUGGGAGGCAUAUUCUGGCCAAGCAUCAUCAACGCCUUGUUCCGCCAUUCCAGUCCCGCAUGGACCUAUCGGGCAAUGGGCUUGAUAUGCCUGCCUUUUCUACUUCUCUCGUGCGUCUUCAUCAAAGGAAGGAAAGGUCUAGCAGGUCACGAUACGCAUGGGAGACUCACCGACCCAAGUUGUCGCAAUCCGCGAAAAGCCAUAUUCCGGUGGGAUUAUAUUGCGUUCGUCGUGUCUGAGUUUCUUGUCUACCUUGGUUUCCUCAUCCCAUUUGGCUUCAUCCCCGCCUACGCCACCAGUCAUGGGGUCGGUGCAGUCCAAGCAAAUGGCCUUCUCUCGAUUUGCUACGGCGGCUCUGUAUUCGGUCGCGUCCUGGCCGGCAAGUUUGGUGACCGGUUCGGUAGGUUCAACAUUUUGUCUCUGAUCUGUUUCCUGACUGGUAUGAUGAUACUGCUCUGGAUCAAAAUGACCACGUUUCCCACCAUGAUUGCUUUCUCCAUACUCUUUGGCUUAUUUUCUGGGGGCAUCAUGCCUCUAAGUUCCACAUGUGUGGCACAGAUAACUCCCGACAUGGGUUACCUUGGCCUCCGUAUCGGCUUCAUGAUGGCGGUUUUAUCAAUUACCACGUUUAUUAGCACCCCUAUCUCGACACACUUGCGGAGAGUCUCUUUAGGACCUGGUCCAAUCGAAGCAAGCGGCAAGCCGCCUGGCUUCACGGCCCUCUUCCUGUUCUCGGGCAUUACAACAAUUCUAGGCGGAGUCUGUAUCCUCUUCACUCGACUCAAAUGGGGUUCCAAGGAAGGCUUUGCUUUUUAA